CAGAGGUCAGGGGUGAGAGUUGACUCGCGUGAAAACAUGGUUGAACACGGGGAUGUCCGCGUGGUUCACCGAGGAGGCAGUAAAAUCAACUUCAGGGAGCCUGUCAUCAGCAACGACUCCAGCUUCCUGCUGUGCGCCUCGGGAGAGUGCGUGAAGGUGUUCAGCACCGCCACCGAGGAGUGUGUCCACGACCUGCGGGGACACACCGGCCUGGUGACGGGGGUCCGGCUCAGACCCUCCAACCACCUGCAGGUCUACUCCUGCUCAACAGAUGGCACUGUCCGACUCUGGGACUUCACAGAUGGAAUCCUUAUUAAGACUUAUGACAUCGGAUACCCAAUCUACUCCAUCUACACAUCUGCAAACCAUGAAGGAGUCAUCUUUAUUGUUACCGCCAAAAGUGACCAAGGAUCUGAGUUGUUCCAGCUGGUUGCGGUUCAACUGCGGCAGAGCGCAGAACAGUUGGUUGAGGCCCGAGAGUUUUCUGCUGUGCUAUCAGACGUCACCUCGAAGCCCGCAACCAUUGACUUCGGCAGAGGGGGGGAAUAUAUUGCUUCAGUUAAAGCUCAGCAGCUGGAGGUCUUCUUCUUCAAGAAGCAGAAAUCAUACAGGUUUUUCCUCAGAGAAGACAACAAGAAGGGAGGAAAGAACACAUUCACAUGUGUUGUGUGUCACCCAAAGGAUGACUGCAUAGCCACCGGGCACGAGGAUGGAAAGAUCCGCUUGUGGAGAAACUUCAACCAAAAGAAGGAGUACACGUAUUCCACGAUGCACUGGCACCACGGUGCUGUCGGCUCACUGCGCUUCACUCCAGAAGGUACCAACCUGCUGAGUGGAGGUGUGGAAUCGGUGCUGGUCCAAUGGCGAUACAACCAAGAGAGCGAGAAGGACUUCCUGCCCCGUCUCGGUGCUGCCAUCACACACAUUGUCGUCUCACCGGAUGGAGCACUGUUCUGUACCUCGCACAGUGACAACAAGAUCACCAUCAUCCAAAGCUGUGUCAAAGUAUCAGCUGUGAUUCAAGGCCUGGUCAAAGGAGAUGGGGUGAGGACAGACUUGAUGGUGGACCCCCACAGCAAAGCCAUGGUUUUGAACGGCAAGCCAGGCCACCUGCAGUUUUACUCCCUCCAAAGAGACAAACUGCUGUACAAUCUGGACAUUGUGCAGCAGGAAUACAUUCACGAGGAAGGCCUGCAGCAGUUUGAGGUGGUCAAGGCGGCCUUCACCGCCUCUGGAGACUGGCUGGCAACAGUGGAAGAACGACAACAGAAGGCCGCCGAUCUGGAGCUUAAUCUGAAACUGUGGGCAUUUGAUGAACAAACACAGAGUUUUGUGCUGAACACGACCAUCUCGGCUCCCCACGAGGCACGGAUUACAGCCAUGUGCUUUUGCCAAAUCGCCAGCAGCCAGACCACCAUGCUGGUUUCCACAAGCAAGGACGGACACUUCAAAGCCUGGCAGUUGGCUGAAGCAGCCCACACACAGGAUGAAGGUUCUUCUUCUUCCUGGUCGUGUGACUUUGUCAGCUCCUACCACGGGCUGGUGCCCGAGUCCUGCUGCUUCUCAGCCGAUGGCUCUUUGUUGGCUGUCAGCUUUCAGGAGGUGGUGACUGUGUGGAGCCCGUCGUCCUGGGAGCUCCUGACAACUCUGUCCCAGCCGCCAGGUGCUAUUAGGCACCUUUGUUUUGGGCGACUAAGCUGUUCCAAGUAUCUGCUGGGAGCCACCGCCAACAGCCUGCUCUGCUGCUGGAACCUCCUCACCUGCUCCUUGGAGUGGAGCACCGCCAUGGCCACCAGCUUUCUUCUGGCGGACCCUCUCUCUGAGAAUAUAGCCGCCUUCUGCUACCAGGCUGAAUCCACUGACUUGUUUGUCUUUAAGCCCAAUGAGCCCCGGCCACUGUUUUCCCAGAAGGCCGUGUGUUCAGGGAAGGUGACUCGGGCUGUCUUCGCUCCGAGGGAGGAGAUGCUGGAGAGCUGUGAGGAGAGCAGCCAGUGGCUCAACCGCUCCCAGCUGUACUUCCUCACUCCGUACAUGGACCUCAUGACGUUCAGCACCAAAGCCGAGGAGGACAAACUGAUGGCCUCCAGCAAACAGCUGGUGAUCGAUGACAGCAUUGCCAUGACUCCAUUCUCCCUGUUGCUGGGGAAACACCGGCAGCAGCCGGAGAAUCAGGAGCCGCUGAGCGCCCUGUCUGCAGAGAGAAGCCCUCUGCCUCAGGGCUCUGCUGCUAUCAAGGAGCUGCUGCAGACGCCAGCCCAUGUCCUGCCCUCCACCUCUUUCCUCUGCUCCCUGUUUGUCCAGUCUCUGCUCAUCUCCGUCACAGACUCAAGGGAGGAGGAGAAACAUGUAGAAGAGGAAAUGGAGAGCGAUAAAGAGAACUCCGAUGAGGAAAUGGAAUCUGGCACCUCGAGACCUGAGGGGGGGUCAGUGGUCGACCAGAACGCUCAUGCUGCUGAUCGCCCUCUGACAAAAGCCCAGAUUAGGGAAGUGAGGAGAGUGAAGAAGCUGGAUCAAGGCUGGAUGUCAAACCUUCUGGACACGUGAUCAUGGACAAAAACAGAAAGUCACACACACGUGCAGUGUCUGUACAAAGUUUCAACACAUACACAGAUUGUUUUCCAUGUCAUGUUUAUGUUUUUACUUCAAUAAAUAAGACUGAAUUUCCUUUUGCAAGAAAAAGGUCUAGAAAGUACAAAACAAAUAUUUGAGCAGUUAUUUGACCCUUUGGAUCAGUUUUAUACAGUCCUGUUUAAUAUGAGGAUCAAUAAUCCCCAUCAUGUUUUUAAAAUAUAGAAUUACAGCCCAUAGUCUUUUUCAUGAGACCUCUCAGAAGUCAGUGUCUUGUAAAGGUUUCUGUUAUUCUCCUGCUGACUUGUAUUUCAGUAAAGACGUCACAGAUUUGAUUGGAAA